AUGAAUCCAUUCAGUCAUUAUGGAUGCACUUACCUGUUCCUAUUCGCCGUGGUGGUUGUGGGAUGGCAUGAUCUGGAUAACAGCGAGUACGACUGCUGGCCGUUGGAGAAACCGGAUGAGUUGAACAUGAUCGACUGUGGAGGAUUAGAGAUGGCCUGGGUGUUGCGUCCUCCAGAGAAGGUUCUGAGCGGUGAGGAGUUUAACGUCAUUUACUCAGUAACGGUUAAUGACAAGUUUUACCGGUGGGCCGUGGAGCACGAUGUAUUCAUUCACAGGUCCAUCAAAGACGCUGAUGAAGCUCGGCGUUUCUGUGAACAACAGGAGUGUCCCAGUAACUGGAAAGAUGCAAACGGAGAGAACUGCUGCAUUCACCACGCUAACAUCCACUCCUGCCCUAUGGGUUACAUGCAAGCCGCGGAAGAGAGGAUCUGUGGCCCGUGGAUUCCUGAUGACGGCAAAAUCUUCACACACACCAUCUCUACAUCAGGCAAAAUGACCCAAACCAACUGGACUGCCAAGGUGGUUCUGAUCCACGAGGGUCUGACGUCUCUGAUCGCGCACAUCCGUGUGGGGAACAUGCAAGUGGCUCUGGAGGCCAAGAGCACCGUCCUGCCCACCAUCUUGUGUGGUGACGGUGUGUGUCUGGAAGAGGAGAGCUGCUCCACGUGCCCAGCUGACUGUGGUGAUUGUCCUCUGAGUGCUUCAGUACGUGCCGCUAUUGGGCUAAUUGUGACCAUCAUCAUCAUCAGCUUCUUCACAAUUGCUAUGUGGUUUAGGUAUCAAAAACAGAAGUUGUUGUGGGAUGAGAGCUGGAUCAUAGAUUUCAGCGAAAUAAAACAGGACCAUGUUGCCCAGGAGACGAUGGGGAGUAUAAUCAGUGUUCCGGCUUUCAACAUUGACUCCAACGCCAGCUGUGUGACGGGACUCAGCUCCUGUACCGGCAUGCAAGCCUCACGCAAACAGCUUUACACACACACCAGCAUCUAUGAUGGACGAACUGUCGCCGUUAAGAAGAUUAAAACGAAGACGUUUUCUCUGUCAAAGGUCAUCAGGCAGGAAGUCAAGCAAGUCAGAGAACUCGACCAUCCAAACCUGUGCAAGUUUUUCGGAGGUUGCGUAGAGGUGCCCAACGUUGCCAUAGUAACGGAGUACUGUCCCAAAGGCAGCCUGAACGAUGUGCUGCUGAACGAAGAGAUCCCGCUGAACUGGGGCUUCAGGUUCUCGUUUGCGACGGAUAUCGCACGUGGAAUAUCGUAUCUGCACCAGCACAAGAUCUGUCACGGCAGACUCAAAUCAUCUAACUGCGUCAUCGAUGACCGCUGGGUGUGUAAGAUCACAGAUUACGGCCUGUGUGUGUAUCGGCGUGAAGACUGCGCUGAGCCACUCACCACCUACCAGUUGAGGCUGAGGGAUGUGUACACUCCUCCUGAAGCUCAGAACGGAAACAUGGAGCCCACACUAACUGGAGAUGUGUUCAGGCACACACACACACACGCACACACACGCACACACACACACACCUCUGAUACUGAGUGUGUGUGUCCCCACAAGGCACAGUAUCAGCAGUGUAAAUAUUUCAUUAAACAGGAUGUGUUCUGUUAUUUAUUUUUGCUCUGUUUUUAUUUCAGUUACUCGAUUAUUCUGCUGGAGAUCGCCACGAGGAGUGAUCCUGUCCCUGUGGAGGACACUUCAGUAGAGAGUGCCUGGUGUCCUCCGCUUCCUGAGCUGAUAUCUGGGAAAGCUGAUAACACCUGUCCCUGUCCUGCUGAGUACGCAGAGCUGAUUCGUCGAUGCCGCUCCCAUAAUCCCGCCCACAGGCCGACCUUCGAGCAAAUCAGAAAGUUUGUUUACAGGAUCAACCCUCACAAAGUCAGUCCAGUGGAUAUGAUGAUGAACCUGAUGGAGAAGUACAGUAAACACCUGGAGGUUCUAGUGGCAGAGCGCACGCAGGAUCUGAUGCAUGAGAAACAGAAAACUGACCGCCUGCUCUACAGUAUGCUUCCAAAGCAGGUAGCUGAUGAUCUCAGACAGGGGAAAUACUCUCAGGCUCAGAGUUACGUCAGCGCUACCGUCUACUUCAGUGAUAUAGUGGGAUUCACGCAGUUGUCCAGCACCAGCACUCCAUACCAGGUUGUCGACUUCCUGAACAAACUCUACACAACUUUCGAUGAAAUCAUCGAUAAUUACGACGUCUACAAAGUGGAGACCAUCGGAGACGCCUAUAUGGUGGUGUCGGGUGUGCCGCGUGAGAAUGGGAUCCUCCACGCGUCUGAAAUCGCCAGCAUGGCCCUGGAUCUGGUGUGUGUGUGCAAAACAUUCAGGAUCCCACACAAACCCCAAACACAGCUACAGAUUCGUGCAGGAAUACACUCAGGCCCGGUGGUGGCCGGUGUGGUCGGGACUAAAAUGCCGCGGUACUGUUUGUUUGGAGACACCGUAAACACAGCAUCACGCAUGGAGUCCACGAGUCAAGCUCUGAAGAUCCAGUGCAGCUCCAGUGCGUUUUACCUUCUGGAGGAGAUCGGGGGAUACACACUCACCUGCAGAGGAGUGUUACAGGUCAAGGGUAAAGGGGACAUGGUGACGUACUGGUUGGAGGGGAAGCAGUCGGUGAAGGUCUGUAAGGAGGAUAAGAAGAAUAAGGAGAAUACGGAGAAGCGAGUGGACGAUGUAGACAAAGAGCAGUUUAACCUUCUCCCUGGAGUCUGCAACAACAACACCAGCAACGACCUGCUAUUUGAACCCAACUAACACAAACACACACUGCGACACACUCUGAUCAACCCUGGUUUUUGACGAAACACACUGUCACAUGUCAGGACGGUGUGAACACAGGGUGUGUACUCAGUGUACUCUUUAAUAUCUUAUUCCUAACGUUUAUAUUUAAUUACUACAAAAUAAACUGUAGAUGGGA